CGGGGUAUAUUUCCGUAUUGGGCCUGUACGGGCCGUAUCAACCAGCUUUACGACUUACACACAGGCUUGACCACCGCCGCCCGUCCGUUUCCUUCACCCCCACUGUUCAAUGCGGGGUCGUGGGGGGAAAAGCAUUGAGUCGGAUUUGCGCCGACCUGAGGGGAACAUGGCUAUUGAGAUUCCUGUGGUCGAUGAUCGUUCGGUCAUCGCAUCCUCAAACUCGUCGUCUGUUUACCCUCACGUAAUUACCAAUCCUGUUGUCCAAGUCCAAUCGCUCCAAUCCCUAUCAACACACCCAGGCUACCGCCAUCUUUCCAAACGAUGGCUCAGUUAAACGAUAUCCGCGGCCGACUGGCACUGAUCACUGGCGCCUCUGGAGGGAUUGGAGCAGCCUGCGCACAACAACUGGCUGCGCGCCAAGUCCAUUUGGCUUUGACAUAUUCGUCUAACCUGACUUCCAUUACAUCUCUCAAGGAUGACCUGAAAUCAAAAUACCCUGCGCUCCGCAUUACUAUACAUCAGGUGGACGUUGUCUCUGCCGAGCAAAUUGAGGCGAUGUUCGCGCAGAUUGACGAGCAGCACGGUCAACGACCCGACAUCCUCGUCUCAAAUGCCGGCCACGGCAAGCGAUUCCCUCAGAUCUGGGAUAUUUCACUCGAGGAAUUCGACUACACACUAAACGUCAAUCUGCGCGCUUCAUUCAUUCUCUCAAAAGGAGUGGUCGAGCACAUGAAGAAUCAGCGAUGGGGUCGGAUUGUGUUCAUGUCCUCCAUUGCCGGCUACGGAGGAGGGAUCAAUGGUUGCCAUUAUGCCGCCUCGAAGGCUGGUAUGACCGGUAUGAUGAGGAAUCUCUCCACUCGACUGGCCGGGUACAAUAUCAGCGUGAACGAUGUGGCACCCGCUAUUAUCGGAGACACAGGGAUGAUCCCUAACGCCGAAUCCGUUCCCGAGAUCGCCGCAAGUAUCCCCCUUGGACGGGUCGGGACUCCAGAGGAGGUUGCGAAUGUGGUGACUAUGCUUGUGACGACAGGUUACAUGACGGGCCAAAGUUUGUUGAUCGCAGGCGGGUUGAAAUAGGCCGUGAUGCC